AGCCAUGCCCCGUGCCCCCGCGCAACAGAGCGGAGAGCGGUGGCCGGCGGAGCUCUGCGCGGAGCCGAGCGCUGGGCUAGAGCCCCUGUCCCUCCCCCCGCCGCGCAGGCACUGGCAGCGCCCUGGGCUGAACAGUCAUGACAGCUGAAAAGACUAUUCCUAUAAUUAACGGCAAGCCAGAAGAUGCUUUGGACCCAGAAGCUUCAAGUACUACCCUUGUCCACAGAAAUGAUAAGAAAGUUCAUGAAAGAGGUCACUGGAACAAUAAGGUUGAAUUUGUGCUUUCUGUGGCAGGGGAGAUUAUUGGGUUGGGAAAUGUAUGGAGAUUCCCAUAUCUUUGCUACAAGAAUGGAGGAGGUGCUUUCCUCAUCCCAUAUGUGGUUUUUUUUAUUUGCUGUGGAAUACCAGUAUUUUUCUUGGAGACUGCCUUGGGACAAUUUACUAGUGAAGGAGGCAUUACAUGCUGGAGGAAAGUUUGCCCUCUAUUUGAAGGCAUUGGAUAUGCUACCCAAGUUAUAGAGGCACAUCUAAAUGUGUAUUACAUCAUCAUUUUAGCAUGGGCUAUCUUCUAUUUGUUUAACUGCUUUACUACAGAGCUUCCUUGGGCUACCUGUGGGCAUGAAUGGAAUACAGAAAACUGUGUGGAAUUUCAAAAACUUAAUAUGAGCAACUGCAGUCAAGUCUCCUUACAAAAUGCCACUUCUCCAGUGAUGGAAUUCUGGGAACGAAGGGUGCUAGCUAUAUCUGAUGGAAUUGAACAUAUUGGGAAUCUUCGCUGGGAACUAGCACUGUGCCUCCUUGCUGCUUGGACUAUCUGCUAUUUUUGCAUUUGGAAAGGAACAAAGUCUACUGGCAAGGUUGUAUAUGUAACAGCCACGUUUCCCUAUAUCAUGUUGAUGAUUCUUCUGAUUCGUGGAGUAACAUUACCAGGUGCUUCCGAAGGGAUAAAAUUCUACUUGUACCCUGACCUUUCUCGACUGUCUGACCCACAGGUGUGGGUGGAUGCUGGUACACAGAUAUUUUUCUCUUAUGCGAUCUGCUUGGGGUGCUUGACAGCCUUGGGAAGUUACAACAAUUAUAAUAAUAACUGCUACAGAGACUGCAUCAUGCUCUGCUGCUUGAACAGUGGCACAAGCUUUGUUGCUGGUUUUGCUAUCUUUUCAGUUCUUGGAUUUAUGGCUUAUGAACAAGGCGUGCCCAUUGCAGAAGUUGCAGAAUCAGGACCAGGACUUGCAUUCAUUGCUUACCCUAAAGCUGUUACCAUGAUGCCUCUUUCUCCUCUGUGGGCAACUCUGUUCUUCAUGAUGCUCAUAUUCCUUGGAUUAGAUAGUCAGUUCGUGUGUGUUGAAAGCCUUGUGACAGCUGUUGUAGAUAUGUACCCAAAGAUUUUCCGAAGGGGCUAUAGAAGAGAACUGUUGAUUCUCGGCCUUUCCAUUGUGUCAUACUUCAUUGGCCUAAUAAUGUUAACUGAGGGUGGGAUGUACGUCUUUCAGUUGUUUGACUCUUAUGCAGCUAGUGGCAUGUGCCUUCUUUUUGUUGCCAUAUUUGAAUGUGUCUGCAUAGGCUGGGUUUAUGGCAGCAAUCGCUUUUAUGAUAACAUUGAAGAUAUGAUUGGGUACAAACCACUGUCAUUGAUUAAAUGGUGCUGGAUGGUCUUAACUCCAGGUAUUUGUGCAGGAAUCUUCAUCUUUUUCCUGGUGAAAUACAAGCCUUUGAAAUACAACAAUAUAUAUAUAUACCCUGACUGGGGCUAUGGCAUAGGAUGGAUGAUGGCGCUCUCUUCCAUGAUCUGUAUCCCUUUGUGGAUCUGCAUUAAGCUGUGGAAGACAGAAGGCACUUUCAUAGAGAAAUUCAGGAAGCUGAUUACACCUAGCUCAGAUCUGCAAAUGAGAGGGAAACUUGGAGGAGGAGCCUACAUUGCAGCAAUAAAUGACUGCGAUGCCAAACUGAAAGGAGAUGGCACCAUUUCAACCAUUACAGAAAAGGAGACGCAUUUCUGAAAGAACUAUCUUUUUUUGUUUUAUUUUUUUGUAUAAAUAAAUAAAUAAAUAAAUUCACUUAAUUAUAGAGGCUGGCUUGUUUUGCACAAAAUUUUAUUAACCAGUUAAUUUUAAAGUGAAAAUUGUAUACUUGUUUAAAAGUGAUUUUUUUUAAAUUACUAUAUAAGUAAUGAUUAUGUAAAAGAAAAAGAAAUAGUAUUAUAUGGUAUGUUACUGAUGACCUUGUAAUAUGGUGAUUUCAGUAAAUGUUUUUUUUAGAAGUUAGAGGGAUCUGUAUAAUGUGCUGUAAAACUUUUCUACUUUGAUUUCUGGUAGGUGUAAUGUUGUAUAAAUAUAUGUAUUCUAAUCUGUAAGCAUUUCAGACCAUUUCAGCUUUUAAUGUAUGUAUAUAAAGAGGACCAAAACGUCCUUUUGUUUAUAUUGAAGAAAUUGUGAGGGGAUGGGGGGAGGUCUUGUAACUGGUGUUGCAUAUUACUGUCUAAAUGUGGGCUGUGUCCAAGGUCCACUGAAAUCAGAGUGAGCCUUCCCAGCUGAGCCCAGUGGCUUUUGAACCAGGCUGUGCGUGAUUCAGCCUUUACAUAGACCCGGGCAGCUGCAAGACUGACUUCUGCAUCUAACAAAGCUCUUCUUUCAGGGCGAGUUUUGUCAAGCUGACAGGAAGCAUCACCUCAGCUGCUCUUAUUGCCUUCCACCUCCCGUCCCCUUCAACAGCUCUAAAACUGUGGUGGAAUGGGCCCACUUCUGAGUCACUGUUUUUCUGGAGAUUGGAUAGAGGAUAUUUCUUAAGAGUUAUGAAUUUUGCCGCUCUUGUAAGUUAAUGGUCUCUAAGAUAAUGUGCACUGCUUCAGGAGACCUCUAACUUUUUCAUUUUCUUUGGUGUCUGGGUGGCCAGUCCUUCAUUUUGGUUGACACUUCCCAUCUGCAACUUCGAAAUGUGUUUGUCUGUGCUUGUACAAAAGGAGACUAAGCUUACUAUAUAUAUAUGGCAAUAUUCUGAGAAAGAAAGAACACACAGAGCUCUGCAUACCUUGGCCUCUCCAUCUGUCUCUAUCUGUUUCCCAGUCUGUCUGUCUGAACAUCUGUUCAUUCCCCUCAAAGAAAUUAAGGAUCUUGCAAUGACAAUGUGUAGUACUAUAUCGCUUUUCUCAUCUUCAAGGUACUUUCUCGAUACUCGCAGAUUAGGCACAGAUUCUCCUACCCUGAAUGGUAUCAAAGCUUGCUCUGAAGUCAGAACAGGAGCUUAUUUGGUGGAAGGCUAGAGUAAUUGGUCCUUAAUCUCUACAAGAGUUCCAGGAGGUAAUUUAUAUAUGGUGCAGAUGAAGGAAUUAAGUCAGGGAUGUUGUGACUUCUCUGUUACACAGAGGGAGGAGUGUUGGGUUUGUGAUAUUAGGCCUUUUUAGUAAAUCAAUUGUAUGAACCGACUCCCUCUGAUUUAAAGAGAUUUUGUAUGUGAAUCCAGCUGAUGGAUGGUUUUUACCAUGAGGUAUGCAAAUGCUAGUCCCAGUAUCAAAAUCUCUAGACUAUCUCUUGGGUUGUUUGUUUUUUUUUUCCCAAUAUUCCAAACACUAAUAUUUGUUCUGAAUAAUUUUUUUCUUGUCCUGUUUUUUUAUUUAAUGGUUGUAUAAGAAACCUGUGGAGGAAUACUGUACUAUACUGCACACUAUUUGAUGGGGAGAGACAAAGCAAAAGCCUAAGGCAGCUCAGAAAAAAUGUCAUAAAAUCUUCUGUCUUCUCUGCAGUUCAAAAUCACCAAACCUCAGAUACCAGCAUCUGGAGUUAUUAGAAACAGAAGUGGCUGCUGGCCUUCUACAGCGGAAAACAUUUCACUAGAAGUCCCUAAGUAUUUCUUAAUAUUACACAGAACCGUACAGGUAGUCUGCAUUUCUUUGAGAUUUUACGGUUAUGGCUUAAUAAGUCACUUUCAUAGAACCGCUUUGUCUCAGGUUACAUCAUUAAAUCCAAUAGAUUUAUUGAUUUUACUUUAUCUUAGUUGAAUUUUUUUGUGUGUGGUAAGGUAGAAGUCUUAGAGAGAACUUCUCUAUCACAAUUCUACUUCAAAUACUUUACGUCCUGCUUGCCUUUGCAUGUGUCCAUCGUUAGGUGCUUAGGAAAGGACGUUCUGAACGAGCCUGCCUUUAUGAAGGUACAGAACUACCACCUUGUGAAUGGUGGCCUCCCUCAGAGGGACUCUUCAGCUUGGCAUCCAGAACUAGAGGUUACCAAUGAAAAUCACGGUCCCACUGGAAAAUGAUACUCCUGGAAAUGUUCCCAGAGUUGAAACUACAGAUUGAGUUAUAUACAACGAAGCAAAUGAAAACUACAUAUUGACAUUGAAAAAAUGCCCACUCCAAAACCUAGAAAUUAACAUGUUUGGAAGUCCUAAUGAAUCACAAAUAUUUCUAAUCCAGUGUCCCUUUCUGGUCUUUCUCUACACCCACAGUGUUGCAGAACUAAGGCCCUAAAGCCACAUAUGGGCCUUGGGAUGGAUUAUGUUCUCUUCCAGAGUACACAUCAACACAUUUUUUUAUCAGAGAGGGAUGUGCAAAUAUAGAUGCACUGUUAGGUAACGCUUGGCCUUGAUUUCAAUGAAGUUAUCUUCAGCAAUCAGGACUCCUCAUGAAUGUUUACAGUAAAGUGUGCCAAGAGGUGGAACCCACACCACUCAGCUGGCCAUCCAUUAGACACAAAAUGAAAACCCCAGACAAGUCAAGAUUCCCCUUUGAAUCAUAACACACACUGCUGUAGCAGAAAAACUUGUGUGUUUUAGCUUGUCAUUGUACUUUGAACUGUUGUACUCAUCCAUAUGUCUCCACAGGAACUAUGUGCUUUGUACGGAACAUGCUUCCUAUUCUGCUGCUAUGAACCAUUUCACCUGUAGCUUUAUACACAUACAUAUGGUUUGGCAUGGUCUAAAGUAUUAUACAGUAUUACUAAUGUGCUGUGCUUGUAAAUGUGUGCAUUUAAUAUCUGACUUGUUUAACAAUGUACUGAUUUUUUAAAAAAUAUUUUUCUUUUGUUGGGAGGGGUGUGGGAGGGUAAAUUUCCUAAUAGUAUUUGUGUUUUGUUUGGGUUUUUUUCAAACAAUAUAUAGGGGAAAAUGCAAAAAGCAACUAUAUCGUGAUGGUUUUUUUUAUGGAGUAGAAACAAUAUUGCCCUUUUCUGAAAUAUCUGCAGUAUUAUUAAAAAUAAUACAAUAAAAAUGAACAACCACUAAGGUUUAUGGAACAUUUUACACAAAGAGAGAUUCUGUUUGGUUUUGAAGGGCACAAAAUUUUGUCUACUUACUUGUUUUCAAAAAUUAAAGGAAAUGGGCAAAACCCAUCCUGUGUAUUUUAGUUUAUAUCGAUGUAUUUUGUAUGAGUCUCACCUAAAAA